AUGAAAGGAGGAGGUAGUGGAAAGUUUGAUGGUGGUGUAUCAUCACCAAAGUCGAAUGUACUCAAGAGAAUCAAAGAUAUAUUUGGGUCGUCAUCGACAAUGACGUCCUCAUCGUCUUCGUCGUCGUCGUCGUCAUUCAACACUGCAGCUGCGACAUCAUCGACAUCGGCACAGAUACAACAGCUGUCAAACAUCAGAGAUUCAUUUGAUCACGGCGACCUCUACGACAGCGGCGGCACAAACUCUUCAACCAACUCACCACACAACAGCGGACACGGUCACAUGACUGUGGCAAACGUACAAAAGGAGAUUGAAAUACUCGGCGAGAAGCUUCGUGUCGAGCUGGCACAGAGCAACUCGUACCCGCUUCCAACGCGACUACAGUAUCUGCGCGAGAUUAUGGACUGCCUGCGUAUCAUGCGUGUCGACAACCACCUCGAAUCGGUGUGGUCGUCGGUGGCAGACUUGAUCGAGGAGAAUAGGAGCAUCGAGUGCCAGAGCGUCGCCUACCAGGCAAUGAUAUACCUGAUCGAGGCCAACUAUAGCAGUCUUGGAACACAUCGACGAGAGUUUUACAACACCAUCGUGUCUCCCACUUCAAUGGCACCGAUUGUCUUGCGUGUGCGUGCUCUUUCAUCGUUGGUCAAGAAUGGUAGAGAUAUACAACCCUUUGAACACAACAUUAUAGAUAUCCUCAUUAGAUGGAUAUCAACUAUACAACAAUGGGAUAAUGAUGAUGACGAUAAUGCAAGUAAUACUACUACCACUACUACUACUUCUUCAUCUUCAUCUGCUGGUGCAGGUAAUAUUAAUAAUAAUAAUGGGAAUAGUAAUAAUAAUAAUAAUAAUAUUGGAGCAAGUACUACUUCAUCUCAACAAUCAUCAUCGUCAUCAUCACAACCACAACAACAACAACAAAUAAUUCAACCACAACAACCACAAAUAAUUCAACAACAACAAAUAGUUCAAUUACAAACAUCAACAAGAUAUAAUGACUCACUAUUGAUACACGAUUCAAUUCAUUCAUUUGAAGAGGAAGAGGGGUUGACCAAUAGUCCAGUCGACGAUUUAUUCAUAUUGAUCAAGAACCUGAUCCAAAAUGCACAAAGACAGCUCGGCGAGGGCGACAUUGCAUCGAUUGUCAACAGCAUAUGUCUGCUGUCGAACCAGUCGAGCAACAUCCGCAUCAUUCGCAACUGCAUAUCGUUUUUUGAUACGGUCGCGAGACUGGACCAACGCAUCAUCCCGCCACCGUGCAUAUCGAUGGCGAUCAGCUCGUUGUGUCGCACGGUCAACAUUGAGGAGGUGUGCGACCCGACAUGCACGACAAUGCAAAAGUUGCUGGAGCGGUACAGACACCAGGGCAUCAACGCGCUGUGCACGCUGCUCAACGACCCACACAACCGCGCCACCAUCCCGCUGCUGCGUGGUGCCGUCUUUUUUCUGGGCAUGUCUGUGUGGGGUCCGCAACUCGGAAGAAGCGAUUGCCAAGCUCAUCGACACACACCACCAGCAAAAGAUACACCCGUCGCACGCCAUGUGGCUGGUCAAGCUCAACACGAUUGUCGAUUUUUUCUUCCGCAAGGAUCCGCGUACACGUAUCCGUCGAAAGAUCCUCGCCCUCAUGAAGCAGGUCUACGACGAGCACCACUUUAUCUAUGGCGAGGACAUCAUCGACCACAUUGUGCUGCCGUCGCUUGGCAGUAUCCACAAGGACCGCGACUCGAGCGUGCCACUCAAUUCCACUUGAUUGUACUGAUUCUCGAUCGGUCCAUUCGAGAGGGUGGUCCGCCGGCGCAGACCAACGUCGAUGUCCAAAAGACGAGCAUUCAAGGCAUGGUAUCCGUGUUUGAAGAAAAGUUCCCCAAGUCACAACCGGCACUAUCACUCGAGGUUUGGGGUCUCAUCAUGUCACACAUCAACCAUGACAACCAAAUCAUUCGAAAGGAGAUUUUGACAGCUCUCAUUCGACUAUCAUCCACCAAAUGGUAUCAAAUGACCUUUGAUAAUCUUUCAAGUCCAUUUUUACAUUGUUCUCAAAAUAAUCAUUUCAUGAAUGAAAUAUCUUCAAUGAUUUUAAAGUCACCAAGGGGAGAUAAUCAACAGCAACAACAAACUCAACAAACAACAACAACUCAACCACCCCCAACUUUGCAACAGAUACCAGCUACUACUACUACUACAACUGGACAAGGUCAACAACCAAACCAACAAAAAGUAGUACCAAAAAAGAAAAACAACCAUGAUGGAGGGUUUUUCUCAAUGUCACAAGUUUGGAAUCUUUUAAUGGAUAGAUUGACAAAAGAAACAAAUGCAGAACUUUUAACAAUGAUCUUGGAUAUCAUAUCAAAUUAUCUAACCAACAAGCAUAUAUUGAUUGGAAUAGAAAACGAAAUAACAAAUUUUGUAAAUAUUAUAACAAAACUAUUAAAUGAUAAAACUUUGGGAACUUUAAUUGUUGAUUAUCAAAAUUCAUCAAAUAAUGAUACAUCAUUUAAAAAAGAUAAUCAUUUUAUAAAGGCAUUUGAAAUAUUAUGUAAUUUAAUUCCAUAUCAAUCAACGUUGUCACCCCAAUCAAUCAUUACGACUCUUUUCAAUGGAUUAUGUCAAAAAUGGUCAUUUCCAAGUGAAUCAAAACAUAAAAUCCAAGCAAUUUGUUUGAAUGGGUUGACAUGUUGUAUUAUUGAAUUCCCCAUUAAAACUACACUAAAGUACAUUCAAAACAUUACCAAAGCUCUUCACCAAGUCUCAACAAGUAGUAAUACGCACAAAGAUACAAUAUAUUCGAUCCUACAAUAUCUUAAUCUCAUGGUUUCCAUUCCAUCUCUUCCAUCUCAACUACCAUUUGAAUCUCUAACUUUUAUCUUUAAAUUAUUAAUUCAAUUUUUUGAUAGAUCAAAGUAUUCAUCAUUAAUUGUUUUAGUUGCAUUUGAAAGUUUAAUAAGAUGGUUUACCUCAUGUACAAUACAAUCUAGAAUAUUACUAGUUAGAAAUAUUAUAAAGGGAUUGGACAGUCAGUUAAAGGAUCGUAAUAGUUUAUUGAGUGAAAUUUCUAUCGAGCUUUUGAAUAGAUACAUUCACACCAAUAUCGAUCCCUUUCACUAUCCAAUGCGACAUUCAAGUCCCAUUUUCCACGAUGGCCAGACCAAAACUUGGAUUCAAGGAUUUUCACUCAUCACAAUCAGAACGGGCAAGUUGGGAUGGGCCGAAGUCACCCAUCGAAAGGCUACCGGUUGCGUUGUAUGGUUGAUGAGAUUCCAAAAUAAUUUCAACCCUCAUCUUCAACAAUACGACCCAUUCUCGAGUGGGAUGGACCCAAUGACCGAUUCCCAACUGGUGAAUCUUCCCAAAGAACCAUACUACCGCAAGGAAUUCAGUCCUUUGACAUCGCCAACCUCCCCCUCCCUUUCACCCAUUUCAGUAUCUGGAGAAUAUAAUUGUUGUAAUAGUUCAAGAGAUUUACCAACUUUACCUGCUACUGUUAUGCCUGCAAUUUCAAGUGGUGCUGGUACAAAUAUUUUAUCAAAUUCAACUUCAACAAUUACAAAUCCAAAUACACCAGAAUCUCAACCACCAUCCCAACAACCACUAUCAACAUUAAUAUCUCCAUCCCAACAACAACCACAAUUAUUAGUUUCUCCUCUUCCUCCAGUUCUUACCAAUACUACCACGAAUACUGUUGUUGCUUCUCCUGCUACAGUUGUCCAACCUAAACAACAACAACAACACCAAGAGGAAGUUUAUGAAUCACCAAAUAUUUUAUUACACAAAUUGAAUCUUUUAGCCAAACAAGUUAGUGUUGAUAAAUUGACUGAAUCUACCACUUCACUCAAUCUUUCACUAUUACCUCCUUCAUCAUCAUCAAGAGAUGGUAACAACAAUGACAACAAUCAACUUCCUACUUUGGUAUCAUCCCAAAAAUUAUUAAUCUCUCCUUUAUUGACCAAUCAAGAGAUACUUCAACACCAAGAACGACAAGAUGAAAGGAAAUUGGUUGCAAUGGAAAUUGUAAAGAACAGUAAUAAUAAUAACUCUAAUAAUAAUAAUCCAGAUAACAAUCGUAUUGGGUAUGGUAGUGGAUCAUUAAUAUUUAAUAAUAGUUUUGAUGAUAUUACGACAGAAUUGAAAAUGCCAAGAUUUACACCACCAUCUAGAGAUCAAAAUGAUGAUGGAGAGAAUAUAUUUUUGCAAAGUAACCUCGAUAGUCCCUAUAAAAAGUCUCUAUCGGGAGAAAAUACACCCGUUGGCACAGCCAUUUCCAAGUUUUAUCCACCGCUACCAUCAUUUGACGACGACGAGGAGCUUUUAUCAUUCUUUAGUGGUACAUCGAGCAAUCCUGCCAGCUGUACCAGUGAUAUCAUGAUGCCCGAUGCCAUGAUGAGCAACAACCUCUCUGCACAACUUUUACUCCACGUUGGAUCAGUGUCUCCAUCAACCACACCACCAUCACAACAUUCUAGUACAUUCAAGAGUGACUCUAUCGAUAUUGUCAACCAAUCCACCUCUGCAGGAGAACAAGGCAAUACAUUGAUGAAAAAGGAUUUCAAGGCAAAACUGCUGGAUUUGGCUGAUAGCACACCGUCAUCAUUGUCAAACUCUUCAGGCUACAUCAAACAUGAUGAAAUAUUCUCAUUGUCUGUUGAAGAUUCACCCUAUCUCAUCUCUAAAAAAGGAAAGUUACCACAAAGCAAACUAUCACUCAUCGAUCAAUCAAAAGAGGAAGCCAGUGAUACUGACCAAGACCAUUCAGAUCAAGAGGUAGAUGAUGAAGAAGAUCAAGUAGCCGAAAAGGACAAGAUCUUGUUGUCACAAAAUAAUAAUAAUAAUAAUGUCCCAUCAAGUUUAUUUAACAAGAUUGAAAUGGAGAUUGCAGAGCAACAGAAACAACAGAUAUCGGGUGAUCCAACAUCACCAACUAUGGUUACAACAUUCAAGGCACAUGGAUCGGCAUUGAUCAAAUCAACUUCAUUCACAAUUGAAAAUACAACAUCGUCACCGACAAACACUGAUAUUAGUAUUUCACCGACUCCAAUCCUUGAACCAACCCCUACUCAAUCACCAACCGAUCAUUUAUCAUUUACAAAAUAUCAUCAACAGCAUAUUCAAUCACAACAACCACAGCCUCAACAGCCACAACAACCCCAACAACAUUCAUUCAAACCAGUUUCACCAGUUGGAGCAACUCAAUUAGUUCCAAAAGAAGGUCCAAUCAACACUGAUACAAAGGUAUUAGGAGGAGGAUCUCAGAUUGUACGUACAACAUCACCAGUGUUGACAAAGAGUACAUCUGUUAUAUUAGGUUCAGCAAGAUUGGUUCCUCAGUUAUCAGUUCCAGAACACUUGAAUCAAUUUUCACUUCAACAAGGAUCGUCAACCGUUCAAUCCAAGACAUCAAAUAGUAAUACUCUGACCACAAGUAAUCCAACCUCUUCAAUGCCAUUAUUACCAUCUGUUCCUGGAUUGGUUACAAGUUCUUCAAACUCAGGAUCAGUCUUGUCAAAUUCAAUGACAAUGGUUAUGCCACCACCAACCAACAAUAAUAACAACAACAACAACAACAACAACAACAACACAGUUUCCACCAAUACCAACAACACAUCUACAUCUACAUCAACGGCAUCUGGAUUGAAUAUUUUGUCACCUCUAAAGGUUGGACCACAAAAUAAUACACCAACUCUAUACCAAUCCUAUUUACUAAACAAAACCAACAACAACAACAACAACAACAAAUCAAAUACUUUGACAAAUAACAAUGGAAAUGGUCAAUUUGAACCUCCUACAUUUGCACGUUCAAAUUCAGCUUCGGCACUUUCAUCAACACCACAACAACAAUACAGUCUGUCAUACACUAAUAUCCCAAAUCUAUUUGAUGACAAGAUGAUCAACUCUAUUUCAAACCAUGUUCACAAUGAACAAUCUCACCUACCACAACAACAACAACAACAACAACAAUCAUCUCACCACUACAUGUCAUCACCAACCCACUCUCCCUCUCCACCACCUCCACCCAACUACAAUAAUAAUAAUAAUAACAACUUAGAAUCUAGUUAUGAUCCAACAAUUCUAGAUCCAUCCAUUGUAUUUUAUCAUUUACAUCAAUUCUCUGGUGACUUGACAACCGAGAUUAAGAAUGGUCAUUCAUUUGAAAGAGCUUUAAGUGUACUUGACCAUACUUUUUGCUCAGAGACACACAAGUUUGGUAUCAUCUAUGUUGGUGUUGAUCAAAAGACCGAGGAACAGUAUCUGGCCAAUGUCAAAGGUUCACCGAGAUACCAUCACUUUCUCAAUCUCAUGGGUGAAAGAUUCCGUGUUGCCGAUCGUAUCGAUGUCUAUCCAGGAGGUUUGGAUCGCAGUGGCACCAGAACCGAUGGUGAGUUUUCAUUGUAUUGGCACGAUGUCAUUACCCAAGUGGUGUUCCAUGUCACCACCAUGAUGCCAACCUCUGAAAAGGAUCCCAACUUUACAAACAAGAAACGACACAUUGGAAAUGACUAUGUAAAUAUCAUCUUUUCAGAUUCCUCAUUGCCCUUUAACCAAAGUUCCAUCUCUGGUCAAUUCAAUUUCGUAAAUAUCGUCGUCUAUCCAUUGGAAAUUGGUUGGUAUCGUGUUGAAAUCAACAAAAAGAAGGAUAUCCCUAUUUUUGGUCCCAUUCAUCACCAACAAAUCAUUUCCGAACAAUCAUUAUCAUCAUUAAUCAUUCAAACUGCUAUCAAUGCAAAUUUGGUUUCAAUGUUGUAUGACGGUAAAACAGAAUUCAUGUCAAACCUUGAAGAAAGAUUAAAACAAAUCAAAACAAUCAAAGACAGAUUUGCAAAAGAAGAUGAUGGUUGGUUGGAUUUAUAUAGAUCGAUCGAUACUACAUACAUAACAACAACAACAACAAUAAUAUACUAUAACCUACCGACGACGACAAUACAUUAUUCGCAAAAAGUGAGGUUCAAGAAAGAAACGAUGGACGGAUACUCUCAAAAUAAUGGUGAUUACUCAUCGUCGUCAUCAUCGUCAAAGGACAGACAUAGAGGAGAUAGAGAUAGAAGCGAUAGAGGGGACAGAGAUAGAAGCGAUAGAGGAGGAGACAGAGGGGACAGAGAUCACAGAGACAGAGACAGAGAUAGGAGAGGUGAUCGUGGAGACCGCGACAGAGAAUAUAGAGAUAGAGAUAGAGAUAGAGAUAGAGACAGAGACAGAGAUAGAAGCGAUAGAGGUGGUGGUGGCGGUGGAGGAAGAGGUGGAGGUGACAGAGGAGGAGACCGUGACAGGGAAUCAAGAAAGAGAAGUAGAUCUCCAACAGGAAGAAAACCAACCGAUCAUGUAACAUCAUCAUCAUCAUCAUCAUCAAUGUCGUCAUCAUCUGCAUCUGCACAAGCUGUAGAGAGAGCAGCGAGAAAAUCAUCAAUGUGGGAUAGAGCACCUGAUGCCAACGACAUGCAACAAGGAAACCUCGUUGGUCAGGUGUUCCAAAGCGCCGUGCUUGGUCAACAACACCCACAGUUCCAACAACUCUUACAACAACAAAACCACCAACAACAGCAACACCAACAACAACAGCAACAACAAAUUCUUCAGCUACAACAACUACAAUUGCAGCAACAGAUGCUCCAGCAGAUGCAACAACAACAACAGUUUAUUGGUAUGGCCACCGGAGGAAUAUUGCCUCCACCCGCUGCCAUGGCCACCGCUGGUGGUGCCGCCGCCAACACACAGACCCAACAAAACAAGCAGAGCAGAAGACUAUAUAUCGGCAACAUCCCACCCAACAUUACAGACAACACUCUUAUCGACUUUUUCAACACGGCCAUCACCGCCGCCAACCUCCACCUCUCUAGCAAGACUGGACCCGUUGUAUUGUCCUGUCAGAUCAACAGUGCGAAAAACUUUGCCUUUCUCGAGUUCCGUUCGGCCGAAGAGGCCACCAACGCGAUGGGAUUGGACGGUAUCUCUCUAUUCACCUUUUCACUCAAGAUCCGUCGUCCCACCGACUAUCAACCACCUGCAAACGAAUCAUCCAUGCCAUCGGCACCAGUAUCCAUGUCUAUCGUCAGUACAAACGUCCCCGACUCUGAAAACAAAAUAUUUAUUGGCGGUAUCCCAACUACCUUGAACGAAGAGCAAAUCAAAUCAAUGUUGUUGGCGUUUGGAAGACUCAAAGCUUUCAAUUUGGUCAAGGAUCCAAAGACUGGAUCUUCAAAGGGUUAUGCCUUCUGUGAAUAUUACGAAACCGAAGAAACAAAUGAUUGUAUUAAUGGUUUAAAUGGAACAAAGUUUGGUGAAAAAUCUUUAGUUGUACAAAGAUCUAGUGUUGGUACAAAGGAUCCAAGUACUACAUCUACAAACAACAACAACAACAACAACAAUAAUAACAAUAACAAUAAUGCCAAUAUGAAUUCAAAUAGAAAAUCGGUUACAACUUUUGAUCAAUCUGUUACACAAAUGUUAAAUCUAGCAUCAUCAAUUCCUCAAGUAUUAGGAACAAUUAGAUCAAAUAUACCGUCCGACAGUAAUACAAAAUCAUCAACAGUGAUUCAAUUAUUUAAUUUGGUAGAUCGAGAAGAUAUUCAAGAUGAUUCAGAUUAUGAAAAUUUAUUGAUCGAUGUAAAAGAAGAGUGCGAGGAGUUUGGAGAAGUGGAAUCCAUUUUUAUCUCAAGGCCAAAGGAAGAGAAUCCUUUGGAUAUCGUAAAGGUUUUUGUCAAGUUUGUUAGUUUGGAGAGCGCUCAACGUGCAUGGAUGAGCAUCGGAGGAAGAAGAUAUAAUUAUAGAACCAUUAUAACUGCAUUUUACCCAGAAGAUUUUUAUAUCCUUCAAGGACAAGAUGAUCAACAACUUCAAUUCCAUCAACAACAAUUACAACAGGAACAACAACUACAACAACAACAACAUCAACAACAACAACAGCAACAACAAUUUAAUAAUGGUAGUAGUGAUGAUAUGUAUGGAAACAACAACAAUAUGGAUGAUAAUAACAAUAAUAAUAAUAAUAAUAAUAAUAAUAAUAAUAAUAAUAAUAAUAAUAAUAAUAAUUAUCAUCAUCAAGAUAGUUAUGUUAAUAAUGACUAUAAUAAUAAUAAUAAUAAUAAUAAUAAUGAUUAUAAUAUGGAAUAA